CCAUGCCCAGCCGGAUCGUUUGCUUGUGAUAAUUUUACGAAAUGUGUUUUACAACGGCAAAUGUGUGACAAACAUGAGUACUGUGACGAUAGGUACGAUGAAAAUGCAUUGGAGUGUGGAUUUUUUUAUGGCAGCAAGAAGUUUACAGAAAGUGCUUACGAUAAUAAAAAUUCCGUGGGAAGAAGAAAUAACGCAUGUGAACUAGAUUCCGUCCCGCCAAAGUGUUUAUGCAAAGCAAAGGGGAUAGCUUGUGUGUAUUUGAAUUUGACAACAGUGCCGGCGACACCUCCACAGAUAACCAGUUUGUUUCUGUACGGAAAUCGCCUUGAAUUGACGCAGAGCUCGUUUAAAGAUCUGAAUUUAACUUCAUAUUUACACUUGAAGAACUGCCGUAUAUCAAUUAUACCUGAUUAUGUAUUCAAAAGUCAAAAACAUUUACGCAGACUGUAUCUCAACAACAAUCUAUUGCGUAACAUAACGAAUGGAACAUUUGUCGGUUUGGAUUCGGUGGAAUGGUUGUUUUUAGACUCGAAUCGAAUAAAGACUGUUCAAUUGGACUAUUUCGAUCAUUUACCGUCGCUGCAAUUGCUCAAUCUAUCGAAUAAUUCUCUAAACUUUUCGGAGAAUCAACGAUUUCCGAAUUUACCAGAGAUACUGGAAUUGCACUUGGAGCAUAAUAAUAUUGGAAUAAUAAACGAAUUGUUAUUCUCUUCGCUUCAUCAUCUUCACUACCUAUGCUUAGACUUCAACCAUAUCAAUACGAUACAUGCGAACGCGUUUGUUGGUCUGACGAACUUGAGAGAGUUACGCAUCGCUAACAACGAUUUGAAAAUUCUCCCAGCACGGCUGUUUCAACCGAUGGCGUAUCUGGAUGUUAUAUUUAUCGGCAACAAUAAAAUUCAGAUAAAAAACGGCCUCUUUCAGAACAUCAACAUUACAUACUUAAACCUUAUUGGAAUCGCCGAGGAAAACAUCGACUUCAACGAAAUUAGCAGAAUGACAGCGUUGAGAGCGGUAUUUUACGACAAAUUUCAUUUUUGCUCGAAAACGCCACACAUCCAAAAUUGUCGACCCAACACAGAUGGAAUCAGUACGUUCAGCAAUCUGCUGGAUAAACCGAUACUCAGACAUUCCGUGUGGCCCAUUGUUGGCAUUACCACGGUCGGCAAUACACUGGUGCUGGUCAGUCGGUACAGGGAUGAAAACCGUGCCGUCAGCAUUGUGAUACGCAAUCUGGCAUUGGCUGACAUCUUAAUGGGUUUCUACCUAUCGAUCAUUGGCGUUCAGGACUACAGAUUUCGUGAAAAGUAUCAAGAGCACGCAUCAGAUUGGGUAGCUUCGUCAGUUUGUGCUGCGGCUGGAGUAUUGGCAAUGAUAUCGUCCGAAGUGUCGUUGAUGAUUUUAGCGUUAAUGUCCAUUGAGCGAUUUAUGCUGAUUGCUGGUCAAAAGCGACUCAACACGUCGAUUUUUCUGUUAGCCAUUUGGUUGUCGGGCAGUGCUUUGGCUGUACUUCCUUUGAUUUAUUGGAGGUCAAGCAAUCGCUUCUACGGCGCCUAUUCCGGCACGUGUUUUCCGAUUCACCUGGAACCAUUUCCCCUCGGAUGGCAGUAUUCUGCAUUCGUUUUUCUUGGCAUCAACACGACCCUAUUGGUGACCAUUGCAACGCUGUAUACAGCGUUGUUCUGUUCCAUUUGGAGAACGAGACGAAAUACACCGCUCGGCUCACUGGCAAUUUUGGAUUGUGAAUUUGCAAUUCGGUUCUUCUUCAUUGUGUUAACGGACUGCACAUGUUGGGCGCCCAUUAUGGUAAUGAAAGUCCUCGCAUUUUUCAGUCAUAAUAUUUCAGGUGAUGUAUACGCUUGGCUCGUCGUCUUUGUCUUGCCACUGAAUGCAGCUGUAAAUCCACUUUUGUAUACAUUUACAACGCCAAAAUAUCGAGCCCAAUUGUUACCAUGGGGCUGGACACGGCUAACCGGACGGAAUCUAAACGGAUCGGGUGGCGCAUCGAAUCAAAGCAAUCAAGCCGAGUCUGGGAAAGUUAUGCCACUGCUGUCGAAUACGUCAAAUCACACAUCGAAAUGGAAAUUGUAGAAUGCCAGUCGUUCGUAUCGAGGCUCUGGCUGAGAAUGAAGUGCAACAAUUUGUCUAUGAGAAUAAAUUAAAUAUCGAUGUGUUGUAAAGCAUGAAGGGAAAUGGA